GCGGGCGGCGAACAUGGCGGCGUCCGCGCCCGGCCUGGGCGGCGGAGCGGGCCCGGGGCCCGAGGCCGGGGACUUCCUGGCCCGGUACCGCCAGGUGUCGAACAAGCUGAAGAAGCGGUUCCUGCGGAAGCCGAACGUGGCGGAGGCGGGCGAGCAGUUCGGGCAGCUGGGCCGGGAGCUGCGCGCCCAGGAGUGCCUGCCCUACGCGGCCUGGUGCCAGCUGGCGGUGGCGCGCUGCCAGCAGGCGCUCUUCCACGGGCCCGGGGAGGCGCUGGCGCUCACCGAGGCCGCCCGCCUCUUCCUGCGGCAGGAGCGCGACGCGCGCCAGCGCCUCGCCUGCCCGGCCGCCUACGGGGAGCCGCUGCAGGCCGCCGCCCACGCCCUGGGCGCCGCCGUGCGCCUGCACCUCGAGCUGGGCCAGCCGGCCGCCGCCGCCGCCCUCUGCCUGGAGCUGGCCGCCGCCCUGCGCGACCUGGGCCAGCCGGCCGCCGCCGCCGGCCACUUCCAGCGCGCCGCCCACCUGCAGCUGCCGCAGCUGCCCCUGGCCGCGCUGCAGGCGCUCGGCGACGCCGCCUCCUGCCAGCUGCUGGCGCGCGACUACAACGGCGCCCUGACGGUCUUCACGCGCAUGCAGCGCCUGGCGCGGGAGCACGGCAGCCACCCGGUGCGCCCGCCGCCGCCGCCGCCGCCGCCGCCCCCGCCGCCGCCGCCGCCGCCGCCGCCGCCGGGGCCGCAGGUCGGGCCCGGCGCGGCCCCAGCCCUGCCCGGCGCGCUGCUCCCUGCGAACGGCGGCCCUGCGCCCGCGCCCUGUCCCGCCACGCUGGGCGCCUUCUCGGACGUGCUGGUCCGCUGCGAGGUGUCCCGCGUGCUGCUGCUGCUGCUCCUGCAACCGCCGCCCGCCAAGCUCCUGCCCGAGCACGCCCACACCCUGGAGAAGUACUCGUGGGAGGCCUUCGACGGCCACGGGCAGGACAGCGGCGGCCAGCUUCCCGACGAGCUGUUCCUGCUGCUCCAGUCCUUGGUCAUGGCCACCCACGAAAAGGACACGGAAGCCGUCAAGUCGCUGCAGGUGGAGAUGUGGCCACUGUUGAGUGCCGAGCAGAACCACCUGCUUCACCUGGUUCUGCAGGAAACCGUCUCCCCCUCGGGACAGGGCAUCUGAGGACUCCCGUGAACGAAGGGACUCUGCCUGGUACCAAGCCUCGCGCGUCUCCCUUGGCGUUGGGGGCAAAUACCGGACGGGCAUCCCGGCACGGUUCUGCCUUGCUUCCUCUUGUUCCUCUGGCCGCCGUGGCCACGCAGGGCGCUGGCAGUUCCGUGGGUCCCGAAGACUUGUUUCCAUCACAGAGGGCGGGAAAAACAACCAGGACAGCGUGAUCGCAUUGGAACGGGACACAGGCCUCUCCUCCCCAAGGCUGCGGCGUAAACAUGAGAACCCCCUUGGGGUGCCUGGGUGGUUCUGUCGGGAGUCUGACGGCAGCUCUGGUCAUGAUCUCCGCGUUAGUGAGUUUGAACGCUUCCCCCGCCCCGGGGUGGGGGUGGGGGUGGGGGGUCCCGCGCUGACAGCCGGGAGCCUGCUGGGGAUUCUCUGUCCUCUCCCCCCUCGCACCCGUGCUCGCUCGCUCGCUCUCAGUAUAAGUAAAGGGAACCCCGUAUACCUUCUUGCACCCAACUCGCCCUGCAGAUUUGUUGCGGAGGAUUUCAUUUUGCACAGUUCCGCCUAAAUACUUAAGCUAUGGGGUUUUUUUAAAUCAUGAUCUCACCUCUUCGCGCCUAUCAGUGCGCGCGUGGGAUCGCCCAAGUUGUUUCAUCCUUCCCAUACGUCUUCCUGGGGAUCAUUUGAUUCGUACAUCGUUGUUGCUCCAGCCCUGAAUCCAUAAUAAAGCCGUUCUGAUGCUCCUAA